CAAGACCACAACUUACCUGCCGCGCUAACUACCGGUAUGUGGUGCAACUAAUCUCAUGCCGCAUCUAGGACCUAAUAUCUUUGGUUAUACUGCGUAAUCUGUUUGUGUUUUUGAAAAAGAAAGGUACAAUGAAAGUUAAAAUUUUAUCAAGAAAUCCUGCUGAUUACCUAAGGGAAACAAAACGCGAUAUCCACAAAGUCAGCAGAAAUUAUGAUCCAUCUUUACAUCCCUUUGAAUCGACGAGGGAAUAUACAAGGGCAGUUAAUGCAAUUAAAUUAGAACGAAUAUUCGCUAAACCUCUGGUUGGUAAUUUGCAUGGUCAUAGGGAUUCCGUAUCCACUUUAUGUAAGCAUCCGUUGUAUUUAUCAAUUUUACUAAGUGGAGCAUUCGACGGAGAAGUACGUAUAUGGAGCUUACCUCGGAGAAUUUGUACUCGUUCAUUUCUGGCCCAUGACGGCGUUGUACGAGGGAUUGUACUAAAUCCUAAUGGAGAGCAGUUCACUACCAUAGGAAAUGAUAAAACUAUAAAAACGUGGGAUUUAGAGAAAAGUAUCUUCGAUGAAGAUCAGGAUCCGAACAAUACUGUUAUAAGUGAAACAAUAUUAACUGGAAUAACACAUCAUCGAACAAAUAAUGUUUUCGCAACAUGUGGUGAAGUAUGUCAACUAUGGGAUGAAACUAGGAAUAAACCAAUCCGUACAUUCAAAUGGGGUGUGGAUAGUUUACAUGACGUUAAGUAUAAUCCUAUUCAAACCAAUUUACUAGCGGCCUGUUCAGCCGAUCGCAGUAUAAUUUUAUAUGACACCAGAGAAGUUGGACCUUUGCGCAAAGUAGUCAUGUCAUUACGCAGUAAUAAACUUUCUUGGAAUCCAAUGGAGGCAUUCACGUUUACCUGUGCGAAUGAAGAUUACAACCUGUACACAUUUGAUACACGCAAGUUAAAAACACCAGUAAACGUACAUAUGGAUCAUGUUGAAGCUGUCAUGGAUGUGGAUUACAGUCCAACUGGAAGAGAAUUUGUUUCAGGCAGUUAUGAUAAAACAAUACGCAUUUUUGAAGUGAAUAAAGGACGAUCACGAGAGGUUUAUCAUACUAAACGAAUGCAAAGAGUUACGAGCAUCUCCUGGUCACUUGACAAUAAAUAUAUUCUAAACGGUAGCGACGAAAUGAAUAUCCGUGUUUGGAAAGCUCGAGCUGCAGAAAAAUUGGGAGUGCUCAAACCGAGAGAGAAGGUGUCUUUGCAAUACAGUGAAACUCUGAAGGAAAAAUAUGCAGCUUAUCCUCAAGUGAGGCGAAUUGCUCGUCACAGACAAGUGCCAAAGCACAUUUACAAUGCACAGACUGAAGUGCGACAAUCUCGUGAAAAGGCCACGCGCAAGGAGUCUAAUAGAAGAAUUCAUUCGAAGAAAGGUGGAAUGCCGUUUGUUUCCGAGCGUCAAAGGCAUAUUGUCAGAGAAGAGAUAUGAUUAUAUAAUUUUGUUUCUAAUCAGUAAUCAUACAUAUGGAAAAUUGUAUACAAAA